AGGAAGUAAAAAUUCUAGGCAAACAGAAAGAAACAAUUUAUCUUGAUUUAUCUACUAUUAAAGCCAACAUUCAAAAAUGUUUCAAGAACCUGACUACAGAGAACACCUAUCAUUGGCAUUAUCAGAGGUUUUACAUGACAUUGGUGUCAAUGAAAGAAUGGUGAUGAGAAGGAGAAGACAUGUCAUGCUGAGAGAGACUAUGGAUAAAAUCAGUUACAGGUUAACUGAUACAAACAUGACUGGAUAUUGUCUAGGGAGCCAGACUGAAGGUACAACUACUAUAGGACUUGAUUCAGACUUUGAUGUACUAGCCUGUCAUCAUGAUUUAAAUAUAAUACAAGACUGGUCAGACUUGGAACAUGGCAAGGAAAACUAUCUCAUGAUACAGGAUGAGAACACUUCCCCUGGUUAUUGUUUCUUACAACUGCUCCAACCUUAUGACCCUCUUUCUGUCACUGUCAUUCCUGAUGAACACCAUAUAUCUGAUAGAAGUGGAAGAAUAUUGUUGAAAAACACAAUAUGUAAGGGUGUCAUUCAGGGUGCUGUAGAACAUGGUCCAUCACAUGCUAUACAAGGACAACCUGGAUUAUGUGAUAGAGACAAUGUGUUAGCUCUUCCUUGUAAAUCAUGGCAUCAAUCAGCAUCAGGUUGGUUAGGGAGACAAGGAAUUGGCAGAUGGCCAACACAAGACAUGAGAAGAUUUGCAGCCAGUACUGGGUGUUUUGUUGUUCCAACUGGAAGUAAAGUCAGUGUGUAUCCUGAUCUGGAAUGGAGAAUAUCUACAACAUUGGCAGAAAGGUGUCUUAUCUUCAAUCUAAAUAUAACACAAAUAAGGUGCUAUGUUUUAUUGAAAAUGAUUCUUAAAUCCUUCCUUAAUCCUCAGGGUGAAAUCAAUAUAUCAAGUUUCAUGUGUAAAACAGUUCUAUUACAUUGUAUACAAAACACAGAGACAAGCGUAUGGAAAGAUAACAAUUUAUUUACAUGUUUAACAUACUGCUUAUUGGAAUUACACAGUUGUGUACAGAAUGACUGUUGUUCACAUUUCAUUAUACCGGAAAAUAAUUUGAUGGCAGGGCAAUUUACAGCUGAUACAAAACAUAUACUUUCAAAAAAUAUUUGUGAACUAAUACAGAUUGAUAGACAAUGGUUAUUUAGUAUUGAUAUUGAUGAUCUUGGUCAUAGGCUGCAAGUUAAACUGAACAUGGUACCACGUGGGGUUUACUAUUUUCUUUCUUUUCUUGAAAUACAAGAAAAAGUCUUGACCUUCGGAUAUUUAGACAUUGCAAACUACAUAAGUAGAUGUCAUAUGCUUGUUUUAUACUAUUUACACAAUAAAAACAUUAUGACAAUGAAGCAAUCUGUUAGUAAACUAAUGACCUUCAGUGAUAAUGGUAAUAGAUUACAACAGGCUGCAUUCAAGUUUCUAGCACCUUUUAUUUUUACCUCAUAUGGAUCUAUCCUAGCAUCAUCCAGCAUUUGUGAAAAUAAUCAAGUGUCACCUCAAGCAUUGGUAUGGUUAUCAGCUGGUUUAAGCUCAGAUAUUACAUCUAGUAGACUUAAAUUGGCUUCAGUGUUCUACAGUACAGGAGAUAUGGAGAGAGCUGAACUAAUUCUGAGACACACUGAACAACAAUAUUACUCUUAUCCUGUUGAACCUAUCUGUAGAUGCUGGGAGAAGCCUCAAGGAGCAAUAACAGCAGAAUUUAUGAGGGUAUGUAGUGAGCAAAGUGAGGUCUGUAUCAAACAUAUUACAGCAUUUUGUGUCAGAUUCAUACAUAAAGAGAUCAACUGUGUUCCUCGUGAACUACGAUAUGAAAUGUUCAGAUCUACACAAGAUGACAUGAUACACAGAAAUCAGUAUGGAGACUUUUGGAUGGCCUGGGUUGUAGUUGAUUCUAUACCUUUCCUAUACUUCCUACAAUACAAGAUCUAUCGUCAUCUACAAAGACAUCAAGAUCAACAACAAGUACUUAGUAAACUUAUAAGAACCAUAGUAACUGAUGAAAAUCUGUCACAUAAAGAAACAGCCCUAAAUAUUUUAGGGCAAUGUAUGGAACAAGAAAACAGACCUCAACAAGCAUUAAAAUGUUACCUGCUUUCCCUUCAACAAAGGGCAAGAAACAAUGCAGCAAAUUUCCAUAUAUGUAAGCUCCUUUCUGGCUUACUGGCUUGCCAAUAAAAUGGGAUCCAAAAAAAAGUAUGACGACUUUAGUUUUCAGUGAUCAUAUACUGCUUGUGUUUAUCAAACUGAUUAAAGUGUCGAAAUAAAGGCCUGUCAUUACAUCUUUUAUCACAAUAUUAUGUAGAAAUAGCAUUUCACAUGAUAAGUUGAAAGAAUGAAUCAAACUUCAAUGACUUUGAUAUCUGAUUGAGAGUGGAGAGCCUGUUAUGAAGAGGACCAUAUUGCUCAUGAAAUUUUUUCCAGAAGUCUGCUUUAUCUCAAACACACACACACAUGCACGCGCACACACACACGCACGGACACACACACACACACACACACACAUUAUUACAUACAGGUGCGGCUUUUGUGACUCUGUAAAAAUGGUACUGAAUGGUCGUGCAUAUAUUUUGAUGUGAUGCCAUUUGCGUUAUACAAACACAUAGUAAAGACUCGCUAAAUGUUGGUGUUACACAAUAAGGGUGUCAAUGGAAAAUGGCUCUUUUGCAGUUUUUUUUAUUUUGGGUAUGAGAUAAAAAUAAAAUUAUAUUUGUGUAGGUUUAUUACUGCAUUUAUUCAACUUGUUGUUUAAAAUAAUAUCAUGCUCGCCAGAGGCUCGCAUAAUGAUUUCAUUCAACUCGUUCAAUAAAAUAAGAGAAAUGUCCCAAUCGGAAUGUCCUCGUCUAUUAUAACAGAAUGACCUCGGAGUUAAUACGGAUUGAAAGUAGUUCUAUCCCCAUGGUUUCAGAUGUAUGCAGAAACAGAGAAUGUAACAUUCGAUAAUGUAAAACGAAUGUUAAAUUUGACAUUCUAAGGAAAAUAAAGUUAGUUUUGGUUCAAUUAUAAUUUAAAAUAUGUGUGACAACCAUUCUUUAUAUAAAUAUGCCAACGUAAUGUCAACAGAUUGCAUUUUGUACUUUCGAAUUCAACAACCAUUGUUAUGAAUACAUAAAUAAUGUUGUUUACUGUUAUAUCUAUGAAUUUACUUAUCGAAGGUGGACUUAAACUUAAUAUAUUGGGGACAAAAUUAUCAACACGUCCAACUAUUGAAUUUAUAUUUGUUUAGUUUUCUUAGCGUAGGUUAGGCUGAAAAAUUGUUCUGUGUAUUCAUAAUAUUGUGUUUGAGGACUAACGGAAAGGGCCGAAAGUUGCGAUCGCAGAUUGUCCGUCAUUUUUGUUAAUCUCUAAUCAGAGUUGUUGUUUAUUCCUCAUUAAAUGUGAUGGUUUAUCAAAAUCAAUAUAUCAUUUAAAGUAACUUUUUAUGUUGAUUAUAGUAACUUUAGUUCUUAAAGAUGAUAAUAAUACUUAUUUACUGAUUUUCUACAUCAUACUUCUACUGGAAGUGUAAUUUAGGUUAAAAUACUUUGACGACUGCAAGCAACAGUCUGAAUUGUGAAGAUGCUUUUGUUAAAUGUUUUGCAAAAGCCUUCUGUAAUCUAAAGGUAGCUCAAAAAUAGAACCAGGCUAAAGAUUUUCAAAAUGGCGGCGCCCUGCUAACUAAAUAUUUUUAAUUUUUCUCAAACUUGUAAGACUUAGACAUAUAUUUUUAUUGAUUUUAAUGCGAUUUCAAUUAAAUCUUAUUCAAGUCAUACAUGUUAUCUUUGAGCACUACAGCUUUCAGGCUUUCGCAUAUAAUUGCAUAUAACGUUAUUUUUCAUUUAACAGUUUAAUAUUUUAUAUCAUUAGAAAGUCUGUGAACUCUUUUUUUACAGAUAAAAAAAUAAAUUUGCAAAACCUUUCCCUUCUUUGGGCCCUUUCCGUCAAAUAUCGGACAAAAACAUCAAAUAAAGAAUAUAAUAAUUUAGUUUAGGUAGAACAUCACAAAAUAAAUUCAUGCUAAAGAGUCACAUAUGUUUGUUAAUUCUUUACUUUUAUUGUUUUCUUUAGUUAUCUGUUUUAUUCAUGAUAAACUAAGUGUUAUUACUUGCUUAUUUGAUAAUGAUAACAGUUUCUUUACAAUAUUG